AUGGACAUGAGUACUGCCCUGAAUCUACACAUUGCUGGGAAUACUGUCCUAUCUUCUCCCCCACCGGUGCUGUCCUCUCCUCCACCUGUUAAGGUACAGCACCUGGCAACCACCAGCGGGCUGAAGUUAGGGUGUGCUAAAGGGUUCAUUCACCGCCUAAAAGUCAAAGAUUAUGUUACUUAUGUACAACAAAAACUAAGUUGACCUCCACUUUCUGUUAAAAAAACAUUAUUUGCUGACCUGGUUCACUUACAAAACUCAGAUGUCCUUGAGAAAAUCGAUGCCUCCCCGUGGGUUUCACCCAUAGUGGUUACCAAAACGAAAACUGGAGAUCUGCAUGUGUGUGGAUUUGCGCAAGCCUCGAGAAAGUCAAGCAGCUGAUUGUUAAUAGCUCUGCCUAAUAAUCGACCCUGCUCUCCCUACCCUGGUGUCUACAGACAUAUCAGAUUAUGGCUUUGGUGGUGUGUUUACGCAAACACAUCCAGAUGGAACCGAACGCACAGUGGCUCUCCUCAGCCAAGCGCAAAUACUGUAUAGUAGAAAAGGAAGUGCUUGCCUGUGUGUGGUCGGUUGAGCGGUGGCAAACGUUCCUGUGGGGCACACGUUUUACACUAAGAACUGAUCAUCAGGCCCUUACUACCCUACUGGCAUCAAAAAGGGCCAGUCGCGCAUUGCGAGAUGGUCCGCUCGCUUACAGUGUUUCACAUAUGACAUUAUGUAAAAGCCCCGGAUCAGUAAACUACAUUGCUUGAUUGCCUGUCGCUACUGCCCAUCCUUAGAUAAAAAUGCUGUCCCCAUCACUGGACCUGAGUUAGUGGCCCUGCUAUCCACUGAGCUUAACGCACUGUCAGUGGCAGGGCAGCCGCCUAUGGCGCCACUUGAAUUUGGGGCGGCAUUUUGACAAUUGGCUGCCGCCCUCCGGCGCCCCUGAUCGGCUGCUACACCGCCGACGGCACCCCAGCCACCAGCUCAUAGUGUUGCUGCAGUUCCCGCCCCCACCCCAUUCCCACUUCUCCCGAAGUUCACUCCCACUAUCCUUGGUAGCUAUGGUGAUGUGAGUGUUUAUAUGGGAUUAUCCAAUUGUGAAACAUUAAUAAAAAUGAAUCUGCCAAUUAAAUGAUUGUUUUGUUUUUUAUGAAUGUGUAUGACAAAGACGAUUAGUGAUUAAAGCAGUAGCCUAACCUAGCCUGUUAAUGUUAGCUAGCUACUACUAGUGGAUAUAAUAUUAGCUAAAAGUAAGCUAUAGAGAUUUGAAACAAUUUGCUACCAUGUCUAAGAGACAAAAACUAUCAGGAAGAGAAUAUUUUAAAAAAUGAGUGACAAAAGAGGCACAGUCUCUAAACCAAAGAAAUGUGCUGCUGAAAUUUAUCAGCGUGCAGCAAUGUCCAUCAGCCGGUGUGGAGAAUGACAAGCCUCCGAGGACAGGCCAGUUGUUCGCCGAGAACAAAGAGCCCCCGUUCGCUGAUUCUAGCAGCAAAGAGGGCAAACCGGAGGAGUCCGAGCCAUGCACUUCCACUGAUGAUGACAGCUCUCUGGCUGGACAAGAACAGGUGGUUGCACCAGGCCUAGCCACACCUCCAAACAAUGCCGGCGAAGACCCUACUAUCUUGGACCCAGACUCAGAUUCGUCGCUCCCCGUCCCCGAUGACAGUGGUGGUGCUGCUGCUAAAUCCAACUCCCAGACAAAAAACAUAAAAGAUCCCGGUGAGUGGCCAAAAUAUAUGAAUGGCUCUUUACGGGAUACAAUAGGAGGAUGGCAAACGGGGAGAGAGUGGAGAGACCAUGGCUUGUCUAUUCCAAGCAAAACAAUGCAGCCUUCUGUUUUUGCUGCAAACUUUUUUCACACGAGUGCAAAUCUGCGCUGGUCAGGGAUGGAACCAGGGACUGGAAGAAUCUGUGCCUCCUCAGCUCGCAUGAGAAGUCGCAUGACCACCUAGAUAGUUUCAUAUAAUUUUAUUAUAUUAUGCCAUUUAGCAGACGCUUUUUAUCCAAAGCGACUUACAGUCAUGUGUGCAUACAUUUAUUUUUUUGUGUAUGGGUGGUCCCGGGGAUCGAACCCACUACCUUAGCGUUACAAGCGCCGUGCUCUACCAGCUGAGCUACAGAGGACCAAAGGUGGAAGGAGCUGGAGAUCAGGCUGGUGUCCAAGCAAACUAUCGAUGCCCAACGGGCUAUUGACGGAGAGACUCUCCACUGGCAGCAGGUGCUGCAGAGGCUCAUAG